ACCGGAAGCUCUCUCGCUCAUCGCGGCUGCCUUCACGCUGGUCUCUGCAGACAGGCACCGGGCGGCUGGAUGAUGGCGUUGACGGGGCUGCUGCUGCUGGAGCUGGGUCUGUACGCCAGCUGUUUCGUCUGCGGGAUUGUCGCCGCCGCAUCCAUCACCAUCGUCCAGGGAAACUUUGGAGGUCUGUGCAUGCUAUAUGGACUUGUCAACUACAAUGCGAGCCUUAUCGGAGUCCAGUCGUCCAGCCCCUCGUCGCUGUGUUAUUUUGUGUCAGCCAUAUCAGUCAUGGUGGCCGUGGUGUGCUUCUCACUGUCCCUGUACUGGCUGUACACUUUCUGCAUCGAUGGCGACAUCAGGAGGGAGCAAGUGUGGAUGAACCUGAUGGUGGCUUUGUGCGGCGUCUUCCUCUUCUUCCUGCUCAUCACGGGGUGCAUGUUGAAGAUCGGACGCGACUCGCUCUGCAACUCGGUCGUACACACGGUGCCCAACAUUACCAGAUGUGAGGAGGCCCAGACUAGAAAAUGGGUCAGUCCGCUGAAAGGAGAAAGGUUCUACAACAGUCUACGCAAAGCUGAGACGGCAGUGUGGGUCAACUUCUUCUUCUGGCUCAUCAUUGGGGUUCUGGUGAUCGUUCAGAGGCGUCGGAGUACGGGGUCGAAGUUGAUCGUGGGAGGGUUCGGAGGGUACGGCGGGCCGGCCGGUGGGCUUUUCGGCGAUCCGGGGGUGACGGCUGCAGAGACGGAGCCAUUUUUCAACCGUCCUCCGAGGCCACAGUGAGGACGGGUGUCACAGAGGAGUUACAAAAACACAUACGUUAGCACAAAAUGAUAAUAUGGGAGUAGAUGUGGGAAAAGGGUAAAUACAUUCAGUGUACACUGCCUUGUAAUUCAGGUAGUCCAGUGGAUACAUUUUUUGAGAUAAUAUAGGAAACUAAUCACAGCAAUUUGUGAUUAAUUUUGUUUGUUUUAGGGUGUUACGGCACAUAGAUACAAUAGAAGCAUUACCCCUCGACGAGGAUGGGAUUCGAACCCACGCGUGCAGAGCACAAUGGAUUAGCAGUCCAUCGCCUUAACCACUCGGCCACCUCGUCAGGCACACAGAGAUAUCAAUAAAACCGAGAAUCCUUCAGGUCCCCUGUGUGUGUCCGUCGGGGCAUGUGUGCACCAAAUAAUGCAAAGACUGAACUGUUGAUCCGUGCAUUUUACCCGUUUCCCACAUUUACCUCAUCUCACUUACCAAAGCCAUUCAAAUGUCGAACUACUGGAUCACACAGGAGUGUGGAUUUGUUCAUUGAGUUUGUUUACAUGACCGAGAAAUAGGGGAAUGCUUUUAAAGCAGGUAUGCAUUUUAUACUUCACCAGUGUGCUCAGAUUUUGUACUUUUGAUGUGACCGGCAGACGUUUCCUAUGUAAGACAUUCUCACCCCUCAGUAGCUUCAAUAGCUUAAAGUCACCUUUUGACACCCUCUGUAAAGUUGGUACGGUGGUUUUAUUACUGUUUGUUGUCUUUAUCCUUUAUUUAUGAUGAAUUAUUUCAUCAAUUGACAUUUAGGCAGAUUUCUCUUCUUUUCAUUUUGUCUCAAAGUAUUUGUCAUUUGAUCUCGGUCCAGUGUCAGUUCGUGAAGGACCACUCACCUCAUUCUGAAACAACAGGGAUAACAUCAUAUCACACUAUGUUGCAAAUAAUUCAAGUGGAUUUUUAAUUUUAGACGUGAUUUAUCUGUUCCCUCCCCAACUUUGACAUCUUGAUAUGUAGUCUGUGUUUGCGCAGGGGCUUACUUACAUCAGAUGUAGGAGUCAGUCAAACACACGGCGAUUUGAUGUGCUACCCAUGAUGUGCUACUUUUUAAAGCAAUAAACCAAAGAGUUUAAACACAAUUAUCUAAACCUUUGUAUCGCCACUGUCUUACCUAAAAGGCCUUCUCCAACAGGAGUCUACUUAGAGAGAAUGGAGGCAGGGGAAUGGACAUGCCGAGCUGUGUCUCCCUCUGGUGGUUGAUUAUGAGCAAAGACUCCCCCCUCAACAUGAGCCACUUUGGAAAUGUGGAGGAUUAGAAAGGAUCACGAACAACAGGACUUAACCUGCUUCUAACAGUUUGGUAAAAUGUACUCAUUGUGUCCCAGAGUGCUAAACCUGUUUUACUAUUGACUUGCAACCAGUAAGUUUCACGAAACCCAGUAAGAUCAGUCUAUUUUAGUAAGUUUACUUGACCCCAAAAACUCAGACCUUAUGAAUAC